UGUCGCAGUGCGGCGCCACAACAGCGAUUCAGUUGCAUGCGCGUUGCAUUUCUGAAGGCUUGUCAAGUGGCAGUUCCGGUGUUUUUGAAUAACUGAUGACUUUCGAGCGACAAAUUUUAGUGAAAUUGUUAAAAAUAUAUAUUUGCAUAUAUUGAUUGACGGAUUGAUUGAUUGUCCAAAAUGUCCGCUUGGCCUGCCGUGCGAAAACAAAUAACCGCCUCAGUGCGCACCACAAAUCGCAUGAAUGCUUUGCUCAUGGAAUCGAUGUUGGGCAAGAAACGCGCCUUACAGAAGCUGCAUUCCACCGCCGGUGAGGGCGAAGAAGUUGAAAGCGCUACGGAGAAACCGAAGCGCGAGUGGGAAUACUUUCGUAAUAAUUUCAGCAUGGAAGCGGUUUAUAAGCUGAUUGAGACGGCUAUUGAGGAGCGUUUAACGUGGGAUCGCUUUGGUCGUUCCUAUGACUCGUGGCGUUCGCUACAAAUGGCCGAAACACUGGCGGCGGAUAUACGAGAUCGUGUGAAGCGUUUACAGCAUAAGAGACAUCGCAUCGUUUGCCUGCUAUCAAUAGUGGAAAAACAAAAUCAGGGCCUUAGCUUCCGCAUGCGCCAUUUACUGGAUGAAAAGAUGGAUAAUUUUACGAAUUUGGUUUAUGAACGUCCGUCUUACUACAUGGUGGUGACUUUAUUUUUGGUGUACAAGGACUGAACAAAGAGAUUUUCGUAAAGCUUUUACGGCCUACAAAGCUUUCGUUGUUGAUAAGUGGUUUGAUGAUUGAAUAUGCAAGCAGCUUGAAAGCUUUUGUUGUUGUUUAUAUUGUUGAAAUUCGAUUUAGCAUAGUUUAGAACCAUAUAAUAAAUAUAAUAAGCAAAAGUUUGAGUAUAACUAUAGCAAACGAAGAACGAAAAGAAUUAAACUUUAAAAAAUUUAAUAAAAAAAAAUUGUAGAGUUAUCCAUUUACAAACGAAA